AAGGACCGUAUCGGCAAGCGCAUGGUGGAGGACGCCGAAGCAGCUGGCCGCAUUAAGCCCGGAGACACGCUCAUCGAGCCCACGUCGGGCAAUACCGGCAUCGGUUUGGCGCUCGCGUCUGCCAUCAAGGGCUACCGCUGCAUCAUCACGCUCCCGGGUGGGUCUGCCACCGAAUACUUACUCAAUGUCUGUAUACUAACUGAAGUGUGUGUGUGUCCAUACAGAGAAGAUGAGUCUGGAGAAGGUGAACGUCCUCAAGGCACUGGGCGCGGAGAUCAUUCGGACGCCGACGGAGGCUGCGUGGGACUCGCCCGAGAGCCACAUUGGCAUCGCCAAGCGUCUGCAGGCUGAGCUCCCGAAUGCGCAUAUUUUGGACCAGUAUGCCAACCCGUCCAACCCGCUGGCUCACUAUGACGGCACAGCCGAGGAGAUCUUGGAUCAAUGUGACGGGAAGGUUGAUAUGGUCGUGAUGGGCGUCGGUACCGGUGGUACCAUUACCGGUAUCGCUAAGAAACUCAAGGAGAAAUGCCCCAAUGUGAUUGUCGUCGGUGUGGACCCAGAAGGCUCGAUCCUCGCACUGCCAGACUCGUUGAACGACAAGAACCGACUGCAGCCGUACAAGGUCGAAGGUAUCGGCUACGACUUCAUCCCGGACGUGCUAGACCGCAGUCUGGUGGACAAGUGGGAGAAGACGAAUGACCAGGAAUCGUUCAUCAUGUCCCGUCGUCUGAUUCGCGAGGAAGGACUGCUGUGUGGCGGCUCCAGUGGCUCUGCCAUGGCUGCUGCGGUACGUGCGGCGUCGAUCCUCAAGCCUGGCCAACGUUGCGUGGUUAUUCUGCCGGACUCGACACGUAACUACAUGUCUAAGUUCUUGAACGACGCGUGGAUGUUCGAGAACAAAUACGUGGAAAACACGGUGCACACGCGCGAGAACUACUCCAAGUACCGCAAAGAAACAGCCACGUGGUGGUCGGAACAGCGUGUGUCUGUGCUGGAACUACCGCAUCCUUCAACGGUACCGCCUCAUCUCUCGUGCGCUGCCGCUAUUGAGACUAUGGAACGUCACGGCUAUGAUCAGCUACCGGUGGUCAAGGAGGACGGCACGGUGCAGGGCGUCGUGACCAUCGGCAACCUGCUGUCCAGACUGUCUUCUGGUCGCGUCAUGCGCACUGACCCCGUUGCUGCCGUGACAUUCGGCAACUUCAGUCGUGUGACCCACGAGAGCUCGUUGGCGGAGCUGGCCACCAUCUUCGACAAAGAUUACUUCGCUGUUGUGACGUCUACGGACGGCAAGAUCGCUGGUCUUGCCACCCGGAUUGACCUGCUCAACUAUAUCACCAGCACCCGCGACUAAGCGAAAGCAGGAAACGAAAAACUAGAUUGGCUAGAAUAAUGCCGGUACUUCGUUUCGGUAUGAAAAAAAAAGAAAUAAAAAAUCUUUUGGAGGGAAAGUG